AUGACACCGCCCGAUUCCUUCCCGUCUAUCACCUGUACAGGGCUCACUCCCGUCUCAUCACUCCUACAGAAGCCUACACACCCGUCUACUCCUCAACCCUCGGGCAUCCCACCUAUCACUAAAAAGACUGUGCUCCUUAGCCGAGCGGCCUCCCUCCCCCAGGAACCCAGCAAGGACAGCUGCGUGGACAACCGCGCAGUCCUUACCAGUACUGACACAACGAGCCAAGACCAACCAGAGCGGGACGCCACCAUGAUCAUCUUAACUACCGUCAGUCACCAUGAAAUUCAGUCCGACUUACACCCCAGUACCCCCCCCCACUCCACCAAAGACCCUUAG